GAGCUGUGGGCCGCCAUGGCGACCGUCACCGUGCGGGACUGCGCGCCGGCCGCGGUGCGGCGCGCCGCGGCGCCCGGCUGCCCUGGGGCUGGCGAGUCGGACUCCGAUUCCGACUCCGACAGCGUCGGUGGCGGCGGCGUGGAGGGUGUCCGCUCCCA